UCGUGUGAUGCGAGGAUUCCACCAGAGCGAGGAGGGACCUGCUCACGUUGAAUCCUCGGUCUCAACUCAAAGUGGACAGCGGAGUGGCAGGGGGGCACAGCAGAUGGAUGAGGGGGAGCAGCACCGGGCUGACAUUGACUCAUUCAACAUUUGGCUCUUUCAUAAGAUCAUCUGAAGCAAGACCACACUGUUUCUAUGGCGACCUCCGGCUCGAGGAGCACCAUGGGUGUAAACAACUGUUUCGGUUUACUUUUGCUUACUCUCGGCACCCGAGUGUGUUGCUAUGCUGGACCUCGGGCUCACGCUGAGGAGAAGCUGCUCCAGGAUCUGUUUGUGCGUUACAACAAGCUCUCCAGGCCGGUGGAAAACUCAUCAGACACAGUGCUGGUCCACUUUGGUCUUUCUAUCGCUCAGCUUAUAGAUGUGGAUGAGAAGAACCAGAUGAUGACCACGAACGUCUGGGUCAAGCAAGAAUGGAACGAUUACAAGCUGCGCUGGAACCCGGAGGAAUACGAGAACGUCACCUCCAUCCGUAUUCCCUCGGAGAUUAUCUGGAGGCCCGACAUCGUCCUUUACAACAAUGCUGACGGUGACUUUGCCGUAACCCACCUAACUAAGGCGCAUCUAUUCCAUGACGGACGGAUAAAGUGGAUGCCGCCAGCCAUCUACAAGUCUUCAUGCAGCAUUGACGUCACCUUUUUCCCCUUUGACCAGCAAAGCUGCAAGAUGAAGUUUGGCUCAUGGACCUACGACCGAGCCAAGAUUGACCUUAUCAGCAUGGCCAGCGACGUGGACCAGAUGGACUACUGGGAGAGCGGCGAGUGGGUUAUUAUGAAUGCAGUCGGCAAAUACAACACCAAAAAGUACGAGUGCUGCACUGAGAUCUAUGCAGACAUCACGUACUACUUCAUCAUCCGGAGGCUUCCGUUGUUUUACACCAUUAAUCUUAUCAUCCCCUGUCUGCUUAUCUCCUGUUUGACUGUGCUGGUGUUUUAUUUACCAUCACAAUGCGGAGAGAAGAUCACCUUGUGUAUUUCCGUUUUAUUGUCCCUCACUGUCUUCCUGCUGUUGAUCACAGAGAUAAUACCGUCCACAUCGCUGGUGAUUCCCCUCAUUGGAGAAUACCUGCUGUUUACCAUGGUUUUCGUUACACUUUCAAUUAUAAUUACAGUCUUCGUUUUGAACGUACACCACCGAUCGCCUCAGACCCACGGAAUGCCUCAUUGGGUGCGAAGGGUGUUUUUAGACACGGUGCCCCGGGCCCUCUUCAUGAAACGGCCCCCCGGCACGGCCAAGCAACACUGCAAGAAGUUGAUUGAGAUGAUGCACCGGCCGACCAUAAUAUCAGCCACGGGCAACUCCCAGACAUUUUGGAUGGGUUUAGAGACAGGGCUGACCCAAAUAGGACAGGUCGAGAAGUGCCUCCCGAAGACUCCAGCCGACAGCCCAAACAUCCGCGUCUGCUCCCCUUCUCCAUCCUCCUCACCUCGCAAGGAACUCAACCGGCAAGAUCCCCCAGUUAAGGCCAACAUUUUCUACCAAUCACCCACUAAACAAUAUUCAGGUCUCCAACGAGGGCACGACUCCUCAACCUUGUCUUCUUCUCAACUUUCCUUACCUCCAACUUUGCCUCUCCGACCCCUUCGCAACCUCUCCAAGGAAGGCGCAAAUAAACUGUCCUCAAAUGGCCGCUCGCUCAGCGAUGAACAACUGUGUGUCCUGCAAAGGGAGCUACCUCUGAGAGCUGCUCAACGGUGUCACUCGGGCAGCUUCCAGUAUUGCUGCCUGCACAACGAAGGGCCGGAGAAAUGGACUGGGACCGAAGACCAAACUAAACAACAAGACCCUGCAAACUGCCUCACAGAAAACCUCAAAGCGGAUUCCGCUAAAGAUCCAAGAGGCCAACAAGAGUCUGGGAUUCACCGCAUUUCCCCAUCUAUGCAACGAGCCAUUGAGGGAGUUCAAUACAUAGCCGAUCAUCUCAGGGCAGAGGACGACGACUUCUCAGUGAAGGAGGACUGGAAGUACGUGGCCAUGGUCAUUGACAGGAUAUUCCUCUGGAUGUUUGUACUGGUGUGUAUACUGGGAUCAGUAGGACUCUUUCUUCCUCCCUGGCUGGCCGGAAUGAUCUGAAAUCUGCUUGCCCAAGCAAAGAGAAGAUGCUUAUUCAACCUCUUUUUGUAUUUUGAUCAAAGGAGCUUUAAGUGUUUUUGUCCUAGCGUAACAUAAAGGUUACGAACGAGGUGGGACGUCUAUCAUCGAUUCCUGGGAGCACAUCAAUACUUCGCGGGGCAGUGAAAACAUCCCUUUGUACUUCUCCAUUUUGACAUUGAGCUUUGCAUCUCAAACUACCGCCUCUGUAAGUAGAAUGUCGCUCAGUGGGGUGCGGACGUCGUCCCAGGGCGAACAAUCCCGAUUCGGAUCACCGUCAGAGACGCGCAAAUUCCUUCCGUCGGCCAUCGUCGUUAAGAUUCAUUCAUUAUUUGCUGACAAAUCAAGCUAAAUAUUGAAAUCUCUGGCAAUUAAUGGUGUGUAUAAUGCUCAGUUAAUAGGCAAGGCCAGGCGCAUUUAUUUAUAUAGCGCAUUUCAUACACAAGGGCACACUCACAAUGUGCUUUGCAAAAUGAAAAGCAUUUAGAAAUGAAAAGCAAAAACACAUUUAAUAAUAAUCAAUGACAUUCCGAAUUCUGGUCCAUUGUGUGGAAUUGAUUGUUAAUUAAUCACGUCUUGAAGCAAUUGAGGCAAAAUCGAGUGCAGUAUUUGGCUUCAACCAGCAGAGGUGCUGCAUCGUUCUGCUGUCAACAAACGGCAUCACCGGCAUCGUUCAGAACAUUCGGACAGCUGCUUUGCAUCACAUUAAAAGGAUUUCAAAUGUAUAUUCAUUCAUUCAUUCAUUUUCCCAAUAGACGAAAUGGAUUCUAAUACCCAUUCCUACUUGCAAUGGUAACAGAAAGCCGACUAAAACAAACCUGAUUCUGCAGCGUUACCAAAAUCAGCAUUUUUCUUUUUUUUUGGGAGGGGGGAAAAAAUAC